AUAAAAAAAGCCUGCACCGUUGUUGCAGAAACAGAGGCCGCUUCUGUUUAUCUGGUUACAGCCUCAACAUCUGUAAUCUUCGUCAAACAUUGAAAUUUGAAAAACCCAUUGAAGUUUCGUUCAUCUCUGGCUGUUUUCCUUAUCUGGGUUGAUUUAGUUAUCUGAAUCUGAAAUUGGGUAACCCUUAUUUCUCCCAUCCAACUCUGCUGCAGAUUCGAUCUUAUGGACUGUUAUUUCAGGAUAGCUAUUGAUGAUUAUGUUGUCCCCAAGGACCAAGAAAUAUCAGAUGUGCUUCCAUCAUCGCACAGUUGGUUGAAUUGGGGAAUAAGUGCUCCUGAAAGUUAUGGGUUAACUAAUAAAUGUUUUCUUAUGGAUGCAAGUUUGUCUCGAAGAGAGAUGAACCCCACUGGUGAAAUAUUAUGUGAUGGGGAUCUGAUGGAUGCUUCAAUCCAUGGUAAAGAACAGUCUAGCAGUUUUAGUCUCUGUGAAGGAUCAGUGGAUGACAUUUUCAACCUGACCACAACUUCACAUGAUUGGUCGGACUGCCAGCUUGAUGACCUGGUCGGGAUCGAUGCGAUGGAUGACAUUUUCUUAGAUUCUUUUCUUGAAGGUCUACCUGAGACUGAAAAUCCUCAGAAAUCAUUUUCUCUUUCACCCGAGUCACAGUACAACUCAAUGCUAAUCGACAAUCUUUCAAAAGAUAUGAUUUUAGAUUCACGAAGUUUUUCAAGUGACGAACAUAGUAUUGGAAGCUCCAAGUAUCUCAAAAUGCAUGCUUUUUCUCCGGCGGUGGGUUGGAAGAGAGAAGCCAAUUCUUCACAGUUUCUGCCCUAUAGUUCAGAGCAGAAUGAUGGCACAACAAUAGAGGCAUCACAGAUCAACAUCUCAGCCCCUUCUGAGCAGAACAUAAUUGAUGAAAGGGUGGAUGAGGAGUCAUCAGUGAAGGAAUCCGUGUUGCAGGAGCUUGAAAUGGUGAUGACACAGUUGACUGAUAAAACACGGAUAUGCUUUCGUGACGCCUUUUAUCGGCUUGCAAAGAACUCGGAACGACAUAUGGUGGAAUAGAGACAACAUAAAGACGUCUCUGUGGAAACUUCUCCUCCAUUGAUGGGUCAUGUUGAGAAAGAGAGGUCUGUACGACAUGGAGGUCACAAGCUCAAUUCAUGGAAACAGCCGCCGCAUAUAUUAUGUGGGAGUGAGGUUUUCGUACAUCCUGCAUGUCACCUACUAUGUACACUGCGAGAGCCUUGUGCACAUGAGGAGUUUACCUUUAUUACUACUUAGGUUUGUAAGAAAGAAAGCAAAGUUCAACAUCAUCGACAGAACCAUCGCAAGCCUCUUGUUUGGUAAGAGGCACAUGUUUGUUCAAGAUUCUCCAGUGGAGAAUACAGUAAUCACCGAUGAAGAGGCAACCAGAGUGACAGGAACGCCAAACCAUAAUAUGAAUCAGUCGCGAACCCAACAUUUUCAUCGCUACCCUGAACAUACCGGCAAUGCUGAAGUUGCAAUAUACUGUCAGGGACACCUACAAGCAACAGUUGAUCAUUGCAGGGAUGCCUCCCAAAGCAACAGUUGAUCAUUCCCGGAGUUGAAGUAGUUUCUGAAUCAUGUUUCAGUGUUUGAAUAUGUAUAUAUUAGUUUUCAGUAUUACAUGACUUGCUGCACCAAGGCAGCUCUGUUUUGACUCAUGAUCAAUUCAAUGACAGUUGAAAAUGAUUACAAGCAGGGAAUGAAUGAAUGACCUCUAGCUCAGGUGAA